CCCUUACAGGUAAUCAGCUAUCAAAUCGACUAGUCCCCGGCCAUCUCCCGCAAUGCACAGACAGGCCAACCAACACUCUCCACAAACGACACGGCACCAAACCUACAUGCUACCAUAGCACCCUGAGGCUCCUAUCAAAUCCACCGCACCCAUACCACCCGUAUAAUCGUGCGUACGCUGCGGAAACCCUAACAAACAAUAUCCACACUCGCCGAUACCACCCCUCGCGACCCCAUCUGACAACGAAAGAACAAGAAAAACUGUACUCGCGGCCGCUUUCCGCCCACAUAGUUUUCCUCCAGAUCACUUGCAAGAAGAGUCGGAGCGAGUUUGUUUAUUCAAGGAGGAGGGACAACGCAAACGAGUCAAAGGAUCGACGACAAUGGCGCAGCCAAACACAAACCCCUCGGACGCAGCGACGCUGCUGGACCCGACAGCCACGCUCGUCAACCUCUCCACGCUCGAUUUCCUCCUCAUCGAGCUCGUGCCUAUGGCGUACCGCAUCAGCGCGGACCUCGCGGCGAGAGAAGAGGACUGGCUGAAUGCGGAUGCGUCGUCGGCGCACAAAGCCACGACUGUGGGAGCAACGGCAGGGGGAGCAGCUGGGUCGCAAGUGGACAACGACACGGGAAGCACGUUAGGGGCAAGUGUGACGGGUGGUGGUCCGGGGACUACUGUGGGAGGUACUGCUCCGGUCGAUGAGGAGGAGUCGAGGGAAGCUGUGUUCCACCGGCUGGAAAGCUUGGGAUAUCGGGUUGGUCUGGGGAUUGUAGAACGGUUCUCCCGGGCAACACCUCGCCCUACGGAUCCUCUGAGCACGAUAAAGUUCCUUUGCAAAGAUCUGUGGACUCUGCUGUUCCGGAAGCAGAUAGAUAACCUCAAGACAAAUCACCGUGGCAUUUACGUAUUAACAGACAACACCUUCAAGCCCCUGACACGCAUGUCAUUUGAUACGAAGAAAUACGACCCGGCAGUAGCGGCGGCGGCUGCUGCAACCGGUGACCCCGGGCUAGGUCGAGAUGCCAAUAACAUCAGCAGAGCACAGCCCUUCUUGUUCUUCCCAGCAGGUCUAGUGAGGGGAUGCCUCGCUGGAUUAGGCGUCACGGCCACAGUGACAGCCGAGACAAGUGGGUUGCCUUCGGCAACCUUCCAGAUCCGGACCGUGGGCGCGAAAGCAUGA